CGGCGGGCGGCGACAGCCCGGGCGCGGACGCCCUCGGCGCGGGCUGGGGCAUCACCAAGGGCCUCGACCCCGAAAUGGCGCUGCUGGCCGAGCACCUGCUCAAGCCGCUGCCCGCAGACCGGCAGAUCGAGACCGGGCCCUUCCUGGAGGCUGUGGCUCACCUGCCGCCCUUCUUUGAUUGCCUUGGGUCCCCGGUAUUCACGCCCAUCAAGGCAGACAUAAGCGGUAACAUCACCAAAAUCAAAGCCGUAUAUGACACCGACCCAGCCAAGUUCAAGACCCUGCAGAACAUCCUGGAGGUGGAGAAGGGGAUGUAUGGGGCGGAGUGGCCUAAAGUGGGGGCCACUCUGGCACUGCUGUGGCUGAAAAGGGGCCUGCGCUUCAUCCAGGUGUUCCUGCAGAGCAUCUGCGAUGGGGAACGCGACGAGAACCACCCCAACCUCAUCCGAGUCAACGCCAACAAGGCCUAUGAGAUGGCCCUGAAGAAGUACCAUGGCUGGCUGGUGCAGAAGAUCUUCAAGGCCGCCCUGUACGCAGCACCUUACAAGUCCGACUUCCUCAAGGCACUCUCCAAGGGGCAGAACGUGACAGAGGAGGAGUGCCUGGAGAAGAUCCGCCUCUUCCUGGUCAACUACACGGCCACCAUUGACGCCAUCUACGACAUGUACACCAAGAUGAAUGCGGAGCUUGACUACACAGUGUAGGCGCCCGGACACACAGCCCCAUGUGGGCACCAGCAACCCCAUCACUGUGAAUCAAGCUGGAAUCCCCCAGCUCAGCCAGCCCAGCCUGGCCAGCCUGGGUCUGCAGGGGGCAGCCUUAGCUUGUUAGAGGUCUUUUGUUUUCUUGGUUUUUUGUUGUCUUGGCCUAUUCUAAUGGAGCAAUAAGCACCUUCCAUUCACUCCUCGGCUCCCCAAGCUCAGCCGCCACCAUCCUUCCAGUGUGCUUAAAACCAAUUAACGUUGCUAACUAACGUUGCUAACGUGGAGGAAUUCCUAGGGUUUUGUCAUUUCCUCCCCUACCUAGCUCAGGAGGAACUCAGCUCAGGGGCGACAUACACCUCACCCAGCAAAGAAGCCCGGCCCAUCUGGCCCAGGGGUGUCUUGGAUGCUUGAAGGACAAUGGAAGUUUGAUUGGAAGUUCAGCGGGUGCCCUACUGUGGCCUCUGUUUAAAAGGCAAGCUGGCAGGAGCCCCCCUCACGGGGCUCACACAUCCAUCUGGCAUAACCAGCCCUGUUCUCGUUCUCUCUCUCUCUCUCCUCUCUCUCUCUCCUCUCUGUCUCACUCUCUCUCUCUCUCUUCUCACCCCCCCUCUGUCUUUUGUCAGAUAAUGUUUUUUGGGUUUUUUUUUCCCCUGAAAUGUACCAGCAAGCCUUUUCAACCAACUGACUAGGCGCACACAGGUGACCCAUAUGUGACUGUAUUUGCAUUCUUCUGCAUAAUUAUUUUCUUGGGGGUUGGCUCUUCCAACCUAAGAAACUGCCUCUCAUAAGAGCCCUCCAGCUGCGGAGACUCAAGACACUGCCUUGCUGCCUUAACCGUCCUUCUGGAGCUGUAUUUUUUAAAGUAUUGGGGUAAACCUGCCCUGAAAGAAUUGAUGUAUGUUUAAAAAAAAAAAAAA